ACAUAUCGCAGGCUCAAAGGCACGUGCCCUGUUCACGGAGCUUCGCAGACACCUCAUCUCGAAACAAUGUUGCAAGCCCGCCCAAAGGCCGAACUGCAACAGCUCACGGCUGCUCUCAAUGACUUGGCCGAUGAGAACAGGUGCGCCAAAUGUGCCGUGCAGACCAUAACCAGCAUCGUGAUGGGAUAUGUUCAGGAUGUUCGCUGGGCCAAAAAGAAUGGCAAGUGGUCCAAGGAAGACAAGAAGGCACUGAAGAUGGAGAUCAAGGGGUUGGCCAAGGGUGUCAAGGCAGACAUCAAGGGCCGUAAAGCGGAGAUGAAGAGCGAAAUGAAGAGCCGCUGA